UUCGUCUCUCUCAAACCGAAAAAAAAAAAAAAAAAAAAAAAAAAAAAAAAAAAAAAAAAAAAACUCAAGUGGUUCAAAUGUGAGGGGUAUUAUGGAGAUAAAGCAAAAGUAGUCAUAUAUUGCCUAUGGUAUAACAUUUAGGUUUAGGGAUAUAAUUUUAGGAUUUUUUAAGCAUAGAAAAUCAAAUUUCCCAAAAGAAAGGGAAUCCUUCUUUCUGGGUCGGGUCGAAUCGGGUCGACUAUAUAUGCGGUGCGGGUAAGCAGUUAAACUUAGUCCCAAGUUUUGUGCCGCCACAGAUUUCCAACGGUUUGAGAAAACGGGAUUCUCGGCUGCCUCCAAUCCCAGAUCCGCCGCUGUACUCCUCCGCCACCUUGACCGCCGGCACCUGAUUUUCAAUCGGUUUCUCUGACACCGCCGGCUGCAACGGCCCACCCAACCUCGACAACAACGAACACUCAGCAGCUCAGGGCAGGCUGCAGUGCCCUCUCUCUCGUUGCUGAUUUUGCAAGCUAGGAAGCUGGUGCAAAAGGCUCAAGAAAAGUUGCUCAACAAGUUUCAUCUAAAUCUGAGGAAUCUGUGAAGGUUUAUUGGAGAUUUCGGUGUGGGAAUAUUCAUAACAUAGUGUGAAAUCUCUCUCUAAUUCAAUAGCUAAAGAGUGUUGACUGGACUGGACUUGGCAAGAUCUAUGAUUUGAUUUUGAAGCUACUUUGAAGAUGGAAGGAACUACAAAGGAAAUUUACUUAGAAGAGGAAAGUAAUGAUGAAAGAUUUAGUAAAGAUUCUGAGGAUGAUGAUGAGGAAUAUUGCUAUGCUUCUGUACCAGUGUCUAAGUUACAGCCUAGGAAAGUUUUAUCAAAGGGUCGUUGGAUUAAAAAGAUGGGAAUGGCUGAGAUUGAAGUUCAUAAGGGUACAAUGUGGAGGACAACAGGCAUAGUCCGUUGUGGCAAAAUCUAUUGCUCAAUUGAAGAAGUUUUGUUUAUGGCCGAACUGGGGUCUUUCCUUCUGAUGGAUGAUGCUGGUGCAAGUAUUUCUAUGGAGGAGAUAUAUAUGAAUCUUUCAAAUGAAAAGAAUGGAUGUUCUUGGGAGCUUUUUCAGGCCUACAAACAGCUGAAAUCACUUGGUUACAUUUUGGGGCGAUAUGGUAUCCCCCGGUCUCUUAAACAUGUUAAGAGCAAUGCUGAAUCUUUUCCUUCACAGUGCUUUUCAGAAACUGUAGUGGAUUUGAAAUCCGAAGACGAAAUCUCUGUUCUAGGAAUGUUUAGUAGGUUGCAGGUUGACCAAGUUAAACCAGUAUUUGAUGUUUAUCUCCCAAAUACCAAGUUUAGAAAGUCUUCACCUGGUGCUCCAAGCUUUGUGCUCUGCUUUACCAGUGGCUAUCCGCCAUCCAAACCCGAACUUCAACGCAUGGAGAGAAAAUGUGGAGGAGUUCCUUUGAAGUUUUGUCAUGUUGAGCAAGGACGAGUGAGUUUCAUUUCCUUUGACAUAGUGCAGCUUCCUAUCCUACCAUGACAUGCAGUUCUAUGCUGGUUUACCUGCAAGGAAACACAUACGAAGACAUUCAACUAAUCUGAGAGAAAUAACAGACUCUUUGAUGGACUGGAAAGACCUGUGGAGGAUGUUUGGGAAAGAAUCAAAUUCUGGACUGUCACUUGGAUCUUCAGAACGAAACAUUUUGAGGAUCUCUCAUUUUUAGACUUAAGCAGGGAUUGGAGUGUGCUGUUGUAAUAACCUUGGGUUUCUGUGACUGCUGUCACAAACUUUUCAACAGCUUUUUGGUUUUCUUCAAACAAAAAUUAUUUGAAUCAUACUUAAACUCAUGUAACCACGGUUUUCCUCCGCCACAAGUGAGGGUUUUCAUUAUUUAUCCGGUAGGGGCCAGUCUAAGACAAUGGCCUCUGUCUCCUUUUCAAAAAAAACU